UAAUUACGAAACAAGAAAGAAAGGAAGGAAAGAGAUGUUCUUACGGCACACUGAGAGAGGUGGGUCGUAACAAAAUGUCUGCUUUUAUGAAGUGGCAGAGAACAUUUUGCAGGAAUUUUCUACGAAACUUGAGAAGUUCUCUCCUAAUACUUGAAUACGAUAACAAGGAUUGAAUACCAUCACAUGAUCUUAGUCAGAGUUUUCUACCAAUAACAAUACAGAACAUUCUUUCAUAAAAGAGUCAGCGAAUCUGUAGGAUGAGCCCUACCUUGUUCGACAUAACUCUUUCUUUCAGAAAAGAGAAUAUGUCUUAUAUUAUAGAUCACUUCAUUUUUAUUAUCUAUGUUUAUAGUGACAAUAUUAAAGGAAAAGAAACACAGCUCCGAAACUUGCAAAAUGAGCUGAAACAGGUCGAUCAACAACUUCGAGAAAAGGAAAAUCACCAAACAAAAGUCGAAAAUGAGAAAAAACAAACCGAAGAUCGAGUAAAAACUUUGGAGAAUGAAACUAAAAACUUGAAUGGACAAUUAGAAAAAUUAACAAAAGAACAAACCGAUGAUGAAAAAAAAUUGGAAAAUGAAAAGAAAACAUUGAACCAAUACCAACAAGAACAAAAAACUGAAGAAAAAAAGCAACGUCAAGCUGAACAAGAAGUUACAAAUCAAGAGCAAGUGUUAAGAACAGCUGAACAAAAGCUCAGACAAUGUCAAUUAGAAGAACAGAACGUUAAAGCCGCCGAACAACAAGUUAAUACUGAAAUACAAAAAGAACAGGCCGAAUUAGCUGCGGCUAAAGCAGAACUAGCAGCUGCUGAAGCGGAAUUAACUUCAGCCAAAGGUGCAAGUACUGAUAACAAAUCAGCCGUAGCAACUGCUGAAACUCGCUUAGCAACAUGCAAAGCGAGAGUAACUGCAAAACAAACACAGUUCAACACACGUAAAACAACUCAACAAGCAAAUACCCAAAAUCGUGAGAUUGCAGAAAGAAACCGAGCCCAAGCAAAUACUGAACUAUCAAAAGAACGAAACAGUUUGACGACUAAACAAGAACAAGUGAAACAACAAAAAUGUAAAACUGAAGAAAUGAAACAGAAAACUCAACAACAAGAACAAAGUAUAAAAGCCGCUGAAACAAAACUUAAUGAUCUACGAAAACAAUGUCAAAAUCUUGAACAAAUAAAAACAGAGGUUAAAAAUCUCGGAGAUAAGAAAACUACAUUGACUAAUAAUCAGACUCAAAUAGAAAGGGAAUUGACAAAUUUUCAUCAAAAACAAGGAACAAUUCAAAAUGGAUUGAGACAAAAAAAUAAUGAAUUACUUAAAAUUCAAAAUGAAGAAAACACGCAAACAAAUGAAUUAAGAACACAAGAAACAAAUCUAAAACAACAACAAAAUGCAUUACGUGGAAAAUGUCAACAAUUAGUGAGAGCAGAAAAUCAAGUUGCAAAUGCAAAUGCUAAUAUUGCUGUGUGUGAUAAAUCAAUUCAAGAAUUAGAAAAUGAUAAACGUGAAGAAGAAAAAAAAUUACGAGCUGCGCAACAAGAAAAAACAAAUUGUGAACGAGAACAAUCGAAAUUCGAAAAAAAAUUGGAAGAACUUGAGCGUGAUCAAAAGCAAUGUGAAUCAGAUUUGAAACGUUUGAAAGAUGAAUUACGUACCAAACAUCAAACGUUAGAUGAUAAAGAAGUUAAAAUGUCAAAUUAUAAAUCCAAAUUAGCACAUCUUGCAGACGAAUUAUCGUCGAAAAAGGAUGAGCGUUUAAAAAGACAACAACAACUCGACGAUGUCAAAAAA